UUUUUAACCACAAACCGAAUUUUCUUUCAUUUAGGUGAUCUAUAUAUAUCUAUAUCGUAUAGCUUAUAGCUUAUAUCUAUUUUAAAUAACUUAAAGCCGCUAAAAUUUGGGGGGGAACAGCUUUCGCCCUGGAGCGGUGCGCGAUGCUGUCUCACGCCGACCUCCUGGACGCCAGGCUAGGUAUGAAAGAUGCCGCCGAGCUUCUGGGCCACCGGGAGGCGGUGAAGUGUAGGCUGGGCGUUGGGGGCUCCGACCCCGGGGGCCAUCCGGGGGACCUGGCGCCCAACUCCGACCCAGUCGAGGGAGCCACUUUGCUGCCCGGGGAGGACAUCACCACAGUGGGCUCUACUCCUGCUUCGUUGGCGGUGAGCGCAAAAGACCCAGACAAGCAGCCCGGGCCCCAGGGCGGCCCUAACCCCAGCCAGGCCGGCCAGCAGCAGGGCCAACAGAAGCAGAAGCGCCACCGGACGCGCUUCACCCCAGCACAACUCAACGAGUUGGAGAGGAGCUUCGCCAAGACGCACUAUCCUGACAUCUUCAUGCGUGAGGAGCUGGCGCUGCGUAUCGGGCUGACCGAGUCCCGAGUGCAGGUCUGGUUCCAGAAUCGGCGCGCCAAGUGGAAGAAGCGCAAGAAGACCACCAACGUGUUCCGCGCGCCCGGCACGCUGCUGCCCACGCCCGGCCUGCCCCAGUUCCCAUCGGCUGCCGCCGCUGCAGCCGCCGCCAUGGGCGACAGCCUGUGCUCUUUCCACGCCAACGACACCCGCUGGGCGGCGGCCGCCAUGCCGGGCGUGUCUCAGCUGCCGCUGCCGCCCGCACUGGGCCGGCAGCAGGCCAUGGCGCAGUCGCUGUCUCAGUGCAGCCUGGCGGCCGGGCCGCCGCCCAACUCCAUGGGUCUGUCCAACAGCCUGGCGGGCUCGAACGGCGCGGGGCUGCAGUCGCACCUCUACCAGCCAGCCUUCCCCGGCAUGGUGCCCGCCUCCCUCCCCGGCCCCAGCAACGUCUCCGGCUCGCCCCAGCUCUGCAGCUCCCCGGACAGCAGCGACGUGUGGCGGGGCACGAGCAUCGCCUCCCUGCGCCGCAAGGCUCUCGAGCACACAGUCUCCAUGAGCUUCACCUAAUGCCGCCAGUCCCGGCCAGCUCCGCCCCGGCCCUUCCCACGCGCGCCCGGACCCCGGCUCCCUGCCCGGGCCCCGGCCCCGGCCUGCC